CGUUGUUACUGGGUGAGGAGACUUGAGGAGAGGAGGGGUUUUUGAUAUGGUCUGUCAGACAUAACAAACCAAACAUAGUUAUGUGUUAACGUAUUUACCUCGGUUUUGUACAUUGGAAUUAUUGGUUUGCUCCUUUUGUUUAUCUGGACCUAUUCUGGCACAAUGGAGUUGAAUGAAUUUAACCGCAACGGUGUUGCCACAGCAGGCUCUGGCUAUUUCAACUCUGAGCAGUCCUUAAGGUUACGGAGACCGCCAUCGCAUGCGUCCAAUCAGAAUGCCUCCCCUCACUUUGACUGGGGCAGAUCGUCUGAGGGGGGUGAAGAUGAAGAUGAGGAAGAGGAAGAGCCCCGGCAUGUGAGGGAGCUGCCCAUGCCCUUUGCCCUGAGGAAAGCUGUCAGGCAGGUUCAGCAGAUGCGUGUACCUGUGGCCUCCAGACGGGCGCGGCGGUCCAGAGCCCUGAAGCGCUUCUCCUCACAGGCAAAAAACGCUCUGGCCCUAGUCACUCUCUGGAGAAAAUCCAUACACAAGAUAGGAGGUCACUUUGGUGGGGGUGUCCAGUCCUACUUUGUGUUCCUGCGGUUCCUGGUCGUCCUGAACUUCCUGUCCUCCCUGCUGAUAGCUGGGUUCGUCCUCAUCCCCGCCAUCGUCUUCAACUCUCUCCACCUGAACACCACUAUCCCAGAGGCCAACCUCACAGGAUUUGAGGUGUGCAUGGUCUAUGACACCAGCCCAAAUGCACUGACAGUGUUCUACACAUACUUCCUGGACUUGCUGUCGGGAACGGGCUUUAUGGAGUACUCCUACAUGUUCUACGGGUACUACAACAACACAAUGAUAGUAACUAGUGGCUUCUCCUACAACAUCCCUCUGGCGUAUCUCCUGACAGCCUCCUUCUACUUUAUAUUCUGCUUCAUAUGCAUCAUCGUCAGGAUGGGAGGUGUGUGGCGGGUUGCCGUGACAACGGGUGGAGGCACUGUCGGAGGUUACAGUAUGCUGCUGUUCACUGGCUGGGACUAUGGUCUCCAAGGAGACCGUGCCACCAAACUGAAGCAGAACAACAUCCGCUACCAGCUGCAGGUGGACCUGGAGGAGGAGAGGCUCCAGUUGAAGGCUAAGUCCCUGACUCUUCUCCAGACCGUGGGCACGUAUGCACUGCGCACCCUCCUCAACCUCAUUGUCCUCGCGCUCAUCGGAGGAGCCUUUACAGGCAUUGCUUUUGCAACACAAUUCAGCCAGACCCAGAAAGCUCAGGAGGGGAUAGUGGGCCUUCUGCUGGAGUACCUGCCCUCCAUCGUCAUCACGGCCAGUAACUUCGUCGUUCCCUUGCUGUGUGACCAAAUUGCCCUGCUGGAGAAGCACAGCCCAAGCACCACCAUUAUCCUGGCCCUCCUCAGAGCAGUGUUCCUACGCUUGGUCAGCUUGGCAGUUUUGUUGUUCACCCUGUGGGAAAACAUCACCUGCUACACAGAUAGGAGUGCAUGCAGUCCCUGCCAGUACAACCACCGCAUAUAUCAGUGUUGGGAGACCCGUGUGGGACAGGAAAUGUAUAAGUUGGUGCUAUUUGACUUCUUGACGACCAUUGUGAAGCUAAUUCUGGUGGAUUUUCCUCGACGCAUGGUAGUGGACAACUGCUCCUGGUCCCUGGUCCAGUGGUUGGGUCGUGAGGAGUUCCUGCUGCCCCCCAAUGUUCUGGGGCUGGUGUAUGCCCAGACAGUGGUGUGGACAGGGGCCCUUUUCUGCCCUCUGCUGCCCCUGCUCAACACCAUCAAGUUUGUCUUCAUCUUCUACUGCAAAAAGAUCAGCCUGUUCCAGAACUGUCGCCCAGCAGCGAGAACAUUCCGCUCCACUAGCUCAAACGUUGUUUUCUUCCUGGUUCUGUUGUUUGGUUGGAGUCUGGCCACCACUGUUCUGAUUUACAGUAUGGCUGAACUUCACCCAUCCUAUGGCUGUGGUCCCUUCCGGUUCUCGGUGACCAUGUGGAGCAUCGUGCCCAACUCGUUCCAAGGUCUGUCCCCAACCACGAAGGAGUUCCUGCGCUACAUUGGCUCCCAAGCUUUCUCCAUUCCCCUCCUCCUCCUCUCCUGUGUGGUACUAUGUUACGUGGCUGCAUUGGCAUCCGUCUAUGGCAACAGCGUGGCUUUGCUCAAAGCCCAACUUAAACUGGAGGGACGAGACAAGCAGUUCCUGGUCAAGCAGAUAGAGGAGCUCACUAAGAAGCAGGGUGUCCCAAAACAUGACAGAGAUCCCAUUCUGAGGGAUCCCACCCCCAUGGCCGUCGACCCCAUGAGGGCUAGCUUCAGGCCGACGCAGAACAACUACAGCUAGACUGCUUCGCUACCUCAUGCUCGGGACUGAAUCCCAAGAGCUGUUCACCAUAGACCAAUGAAGUUCGCCUCCAAAAAGGAUCCAAAGCUGCCAUCUUUGCCCAUAUAAGGGUAUCCAGAU